UUCCGGACAGUCAAACCGAGCAUAGAUGAUAUGAAUAUCGCGAGCAUCGCCUGGGGAGUUUCCCUGGUCUUUCUCUGGUGUAUCCAACUUCAGGCCCUCAUCCAAAUCAUCAUCAACCGAAUAGCCAUCCUCAUGGUCGUUCGACAGAACGCGAGAAAGCUCAAGAUCGGCGCAUUCAUCAUCAUCCUCUUUGUCAACAUUAGCGUGUUUUGCAUCUGGAUCCCAGCUCGUCUGGGGAUCAACAAGACCUGGAAGGACAUCAACAACGUCUGGGACCGCAUCGAAAAGGUCAUCUUUUUGCUCGUCGAUGCCGGUCUUAACCUGUACUUUAUUCACCUGGUGCGGUCGCGGCUUAUUGCGAAUGGCCUUACCAAGUAUGGGAGGCUGUUUCGCUUUAACUUGGGCAUGAUUGCCGUAUCCAUGACGAUGGAUGUCCUUCUCAUUGCCAUGAUGUCUCUUCCCAACGACAUUGUAUACGUCCAAUUUCACCCCCUUGCAUACCUCGUCAAGCUCCAUAUCGAGAUGAACAUGGCCGACCUCAUAACAAAGGUGGUCAAGGCCAGCAACCCCUCAGGCUAUCCCGACUACUCGGGCUCUCGCUCCCGCACGACACAGCAGGGCAAGAGCUCAGGGCGCGGAGUCACGGGCAAGCACACGGCGUCCAUGUUCGCCGGCGGGAACACGACAUACAUCGAAGCCGGGGCCGAAGACAUUGAGCUGCCAACACGAAACGAGCACGGAAUCCAAAAGACCGUGAGGACUGAGGUGGUUGUCAAGCCGUCGCGACAAUCACAGUACGACGACCCAGACAUGGCGAGCGAGUCAAGUUCCACGAGGCAACUCAAGAGGGAGCACUUUCCGGUAUGA